GUACGGCGGCGCAGCCUACUUAUUUCUCUCGAGAUUUGAGAAGAUGCAUGCUGUGAUUUCCAAAGAAACCAAAACGUCAGCGAAUCCCGUCGGCGUGGUACCGUUUUGACGGGGGGCCGCUCCGCAUUGCGGGGCUCCGGCCCCCUUCCGGAGAGUGGAUCCAUCAGACACCGGAUCGUCACCAGACCAAGGGAGCUCUUGUGACGCUACCUACCGCUAGUGACUGCACCUACCUUAGUAUGGGGGGUUGGAGUUUGUUCGUGUCGUUUGUCACUACGUUGACAGGCUAGGAAGGCAGCUGAAGCUGAAUGAUCUGCAAGUUGUCGGCAUGAAUUUACCCCGUUCUGACUUCCACCCAAAGAUACAUUUGUAUGGCAGGCUGGGAAACUGUUGGGCUUCACUGAGGUUCCUCAACUUUGAACUGAACAAACAUAAACCCAGUAGGUUGUCAACUAAAGAAACUUCACUAGAGUCUGGCGUUGUCAAAGAGUCAUCUGGCACAGCCCACUAGAAGCCGCAGCAAUGUUGUCCAUUGAGGAAAUUCUGGCUCUCGCUGAGCCCAACGCUGAGUUUACAGAGCUUCAACAGAAAAGCCCAAUCAGGGUCGGCGCAUGGAACAAGAAAACAGACAUCCAUCAGAUCCGAGGUAUCAUGGCCAAGGUCCUCGAGGCCAAAGUCGCUGCCAAACCUGACCCAUCUACUCUUCCCUACGUAGAAGAAGACGUCCACAUCACCAUGAGAGAUGGGGCAUCCAUUGCCGUUCGCAUCCACAAGCCCAAAGUCGUCGCCGAUGAUGGCUGCCCUGUUCUUGUAGCGUUCCACGGUGGCGGGUUCGUCAUUGGCGAUCUGGAGGGCGUGGGACCCCUCUGCCAGCUCUUUACAACACUCGGUGGCAUUGCGGUGAACGUGGACUAUCGUUUGGCUCCAGAGCACCCCUUUCCUGUCCCCGUGCAGGAUUGCUUCGAUGCUGUGAAAUGGACCGUCGAUAACGCGAAAAACCUUGGAAUCAACCUGUCGAAAGGCCUUCUCGUCGGCGGCGAGAGCGCAGGCGCCGACUUGGCGUUGGGUGUCGCCCGCCUUUGGAUCGACGAGAAACAGACGCCAAAGCUGACGGGCAUAUUCUCGUCCAUCUCCGGAGCUGUCACCGAAGACACCGCUCCCGAGACGUACCGAGAUCGUUUCUUGAGUCUGAAGCAGAAUGCUAGUGCCCCAGUCGUGACCGCAGACUCGAUCGGGUUCAUCAGAGACAUGUACAAGCCGGACCCGAGAAGCCCGGUGGCGUACCCUGUCAUCUCGCCGUACCUGACUGGCAUCCCCAAAACGUACUUCCAGGCUUGUGGGCUGGAUCCGGUGCGAGACUGCACGCUUAUCAUGGAGCAGGUUUGGAAGGAUGCGGGAAUACCAACCAAACUGGAUGUCUAUCCUGGUCUACCUCAUGGGUUUUGGGCACUGUCUCCUCAAGCAGAGUUCAGCAAGAAACACCAAAGAGAUCAAAAGGCUGGUCUGGAGUGGUUAUUGCACAAGGACUCGGCAUAGUUGACUUACACGGGCACCGACAUGACUUAGCUCGUCACACUCCCCACCCCAAAUUAUAACCUUUUCAUAUAUAACCGUAGUCUCUUAUCG